GGGCGGGCGGGCGAGCCCCGCGCCCCACGUGGAACCGGCCCCCUGGCGAGGGGCGGCCCCGCCAGAAUUAAUCAGGUACAAGUUAGGAAAAGCUUCCAAAAUCUGAACAGAUGAAGAUCAAUUGAUAAAUCAACCCAGCGAUUCACCAUACUCUCAAGAUAUGAAGAAUCCAGACUAUUACAGCCUGGCCAAUAUUUGCUGGGCAAAUCAUCUUUUCAUAUAUUUUAAAAUAGAUUGCAGCAGCAAGGCCCAUUAUAGUUAGCAUGGAUCUGGCCUGCAGAGCUUAUUUAAGUGGCAGAGUUAACCUGGGCUCAAGAAUUGUGAGGAAUGUUUGUUGCUGUCUGGAUCUUGCAAUAUGUAACAUUUGAAGCUGUAAUACCUGAAGUUUUGAUGGCAAAAUGCUUCCCUGGAUUUUCCUGAGAGGUGGCUGUCUUAGUGAACCCAGGGUGUCUGGGUUGCAAAAACUGGCUUUGUUCUUUCUACUUCCUUGUUCCUCAUCACUGAAUAGGGCCACAACAUCUAUCAGGCUUUCAUAUAAUCCUAGGAGAGUCUAGAUUGGAACAAUCCUCUGUCCAACUUUCUGUUUAAGGCAGGUUAUCUUAGGCCUGGUCAAGCUAAGGGUUAAAUAUUUUUGGCAAGAGAAAGUUCACAAUUUCUCUGGGCAGCCUGUUCCAAUAUAUAAUUGUCCUCACAGUAAAUAUUUUAUUGUUGCAUCUGGACAGAACUUCUGAGACAACUUUUGCCUCUUGCCCUGUCAUCUUGUUCCUUGUGAAGAGAGUUACCUUUGUCUUCUCUAUAAUCGUCUUUUAUUUCUUGGAAGACUGUGAUUACAUCUCACCUGAAUCUUCUCUUCUUUAGGCUGAACAAAUCCAAUUCCUUUUAAUUUUUUCACUAACUUUUCUAACUUUCUAAUCACUUGGUUGGGUCUCUGCUGGACCCUGUCCAGCUUUUUAAUGUGUCUCUUGAAGUGGCUCAGUCUUCCAGCCUGUCACAAUCUCUGUACAUAGGGACACUUUGGGUGGAUCUAUUUGUUUUUCAGGUUGUUGUGUCACCUGCAAACUUGAUGUUGUGUUUAUUCUAAUCAUCCAGAUAAUUCUAAAAGAUAUCAGGUAGAAUUGAGCCCAAUAUUGAUCCCCAGGGAGCUCUGUGACUGAUUUCCAUUUGAUUUUGAGCCGUUCCCACCCUUUGAGCACAGCAGUUUAGCCAGUUUGCUGGCAGUCUCAUGGUCCCUCUCUGUGACCUUUCGAUUGAACUCUCUUAGCAUCCUCAUGUGCAUCCUGUCAGGUCCCACAGACCUGCCCAUGUCCAGUUUAUGUAAUAUUUUGUUGUUAACUUGCUAAGGAAGUGGUCAGAGCAGGUAGCAUCAGAAAGCAACAGCAGGCAGCAGUCAAACAUGAGAAGAAAAUUUAAAUUGAAAUUUCCUUGCGUCAGGGUUCUUAGGACCCUUGGUUUGAUGUUCAAAGCACAGCAGAGGUUAUGGGGCCUCUGCAGCUUCUCUUCAUAGAUAGUGUGGCUGUGGCCUCGAGGAACUGUGAGCUCUGCUUGGACCCAGAGUCUCAAACUGGCAAGAAACCAGGCAGGGUUAUGAAACCUUGCAUGGUAGUCAGGUUCCAGCAGAGGAUCAGUCGUACCAAAUUGUCCCCAUCAAGUGCUUCGGUUUCAAUAAAUGGAAAUCCAGCACUAAUUGGCCUGAACCAAUGUGUACUUGAAUAAUUCCAAGCUGUAGUAUCAUAUUCUCUGUGUAUAAAUGAGAAUGUAAAAGGUCAUACCUGUUUGAUUCUUCUGAUUAAAAUGAUUCAUCUGCACAGUUAGGUUGCUGAAAUUGUUUUAACAUUUCCAAAUUCAAAAGGUAAUUUCAAUACCUUAUGUAAAAUUAGUGAACGUUAGUUUUAUUUCCAGAUCAUUAGCUGGGUGUGUUUUGUGUAGUUUUGCCUAUUUACCUUUAACACCUGGGAAGUUUGUAUCACUAGAGUGUUUUCUUUGUAAGUUUUCCUUCAGGAAUUGACAGUAUGUGGUGUCAUUAAGCAGGGGAAAGAUCUGUGCUCCUCUAUUCAUUAUUCUGCUUUAGAUCCCUGUGAUAUGAAUUCUUGCAGACAUAUUUGAAAGUUAACUAAAGAAGGAAGUGGUUGUAGUCUUUAGCUAGGUUCUAAUGCAUGGUAAUAGCAUUGUCUUAUAAUUUGGGUGUAAAAGUGUUACUGUGAUGUUUGUAUAAACACAUAAGGGCAUCUGUUGCAUUCUCACCCUAAUGCAGAAUUCUUUGGAGAUUUACUUAUAAACCUGCACUCCUCAGUUCUUCCUUCUCAGAAAAGGAUACCUUAAGUUAGUCUUCUAAUCUUAACAAUAUAGUUCUUCCCCUGGUACAGGUGGUUUGUAGUAGGUAUGCACAAUAAUUUAUAUUCCAGCAUUUAAAGUAGCUGUAUUCCAGCUCUUCUGAGCAUCUCGAGUUUCACCUUUGAAGUGUUACUCAUAAAUAAAAUUAUACACAUCAACCUGUUCCCAGGAUCCGUGGGAAAAAGGAUAAUAGACUAGCAUGAUUUCUUAUAUAAUUUUUAUUGUGUGCUGCUUAUGAUUAGUAUUAUUUUGCAGGAUCACAAUCCUGUGUAUAGUGAUAAAGGGAGAAGUUGCAGAUUUCCUGGAUGUCAGAGUGAACUGCAGAUUACCAUAAUGUGUUUUUCUUAGUGUAUUAAUAUUUUUCCAUAAUGAGCCUUAAAUGAAAUGGCCUGCUUGUUAUGGCUGGGUAGUUCUGUCUUCAUCUGGAUGUUUUGAUUUAUGUGAACUUUUUAUCUCUUGCUUCCAUACUUGCCCAAUUAUAGUCUUACAUUUCUCAUACUGGAGAUACAUUUUAAAAUGCAUAGAAUGUGCUCCAGCAUUUUCAGCAGGAGUUGAUGGGAGGGUCAGGACUUCAGCAUAUCAGCUGCUUGAGUUGUCACUUCAUCCUGAAUCCCACCUACCAACAAAUAAUGACAUUUGUUCUUAGUUUUUAUGCCCUUCUUGGUCAUUUCAUACCUCUGGCUAGAUAGAAUUAACUUACUUGAUUUUGUUUAGUGCCAUAAUGCCCCUCAGAGCUUCUCCUUGACAGACUUUUUGUGAAUUCACUGUUUUCCUUUCUUCUGAGUACUGAUAAAGUGACACCCCCGUGGAUUCUCCCUGUCUCUCCCUUUGCACUUCAACUCUCACAUCCUUUCACUUCCAUUGUGGAAAAUCAUCGGUGAAUCGUAUCAUUGUACUUCUGCUCUUAAAAGAGUUUGGCUGCAGAUUCAUCCUUCCCUUUUCAUUCCAGUUAAGAGUUGUCAUAUCUCAGGUCCUAUACAGAGGCUGUCAUACAGAUUCUAACUGAACAGCUGAAGUAGGUGUUCCCUGUUUGAACGGCUUUCCUGGACCACCUGGCAAAAGAAUGAAACCUGCUGGUACAGGGUCGCGGGGCCGCGCUGCGGAGGGAGCGAGGCGGCCCAUGGAGCUGGGGUACGCCUGGCAGGCGGCGUAGCCCUGCCCGCCCCCGCUCCCUUCCGCCGCUUUGUUAGCGCGAACACAAGCGCGCCUCACCUACACGGUGAAGAGGAAGGCAGCGCUCCCCCGCACAAUAAUGGGCACCCGGGCGCUGCCCCCCGGGCCGCCGCAGAGCAGCGGAAAGAAUGUCGGCGCGGGCCGCGGGUGACGUCAGGAGGGAGCAGCGCGGCGCGGCCGCCAGGCAGCGGCAGCGGCGGCCCCGCCACGGCGAGGGAGGAGGCGGAGGAGGCGGGAGCGGCGCCGGCCCCGCCGCCACCGCAGCGGCAAUGGCGGCCGUCGGGGAGCGCAGGUCCCUGCCCAGCCCCGAGGCGAUGUUGGGGCAGCCCUGGAGCCACUGGGUCGAUGCUGCUAAACUUCACGGGAACGACGGAACAGCAUUAGAAGAAAGUUUCAAGGAAUACGGAAGAAACCGAGAAGCAAUGCGACUUUGCCGAGAAGAUAUGCCAAUAUUUGGUCUUUGCCCGGCUCAUGAUGAUUUCUAUUUGGUGAUGUGUAACCACUGUAAUCAGGUCGUAAAACCACAGGCAUUUCAAUCACAUUAUGAAAGAAGACACAGCUCCUCCAGCAAGCCGCCUUUGACUCCUCCCUCCUCUUCAGUAUUUUCCCUCAUUUCAUCUUUCCCGUCAAAAAACAAAGGUAGCAGUGGAAGUGGGAGCAAUCGUUCAUCCAGUGGAGGUACUAGUGCAUCAUCAUCAAAUUCCAAGUUGUUGAAAUCACCCAAAGACAAGCUGCAGAUCAGUGGAAACAACAGGUUAAUGCAUUCGGUACAGCACAGCAAAGUUCCCCAUGACAAAAUUAUGACUCCAUCUGUCAAAGUGGAAAAGAUUCAUCCAAAGAUAGAUGGUGCCCAACUGAAAGCUGCUGUUGGUCCAACUUGUUCUACUACUGUGAGUUCCUCAAUAAAGACUGGCCUUAAUUGUCCCUCAAUACCAAAGCCACCCUUGCCUUCCCCUGGACAGAUACUGAAUGGUAAAGGUCUUCUCUCUGUGCCUCCAUUUUUGGAAAAGAAACCUGAAGAAAAUACGAAUAAUAGGAAAUUUUUACAUAAAAGAUUGUCAGAGAGAGAAUUUGAUCCUGAUAUAUACUGUGGUGUCAUUGAUGUGGAAACCAGGAAACCUUGUACUAGGUCUUUAACAUGCAAGACACAUUCCUUAACCCAGCGGAGGGCUGUACAGGGUCGAAGAAAACGAUUUGAUGUGUUAUUAGCUGAGCACAAAAGCAAAACCAGGGAAAAGGAACUUCUUCGACAUUCGGAUCAUCAUCAGCAGAUGCCCCCUCUCAGGGAACCACAUCCCUCACCUACUAAAACUUCCCAGGAGCUGCACCAAAAUUCUCAUGGAGUUACUCUUACAGAAUCAAAGCCUUUAUUACCUAAUAAACCCAAACCUCACCCCCCCAGUCUUCCAAGGCCUCCAGGCUGUCCAGCCCAGCACAGUGGAAAUGCCCCCAGUGAGUCUCCUUCUGUCCACGAGUCCCCACACCCUCCCUUGCCUGCAGCUGAGCCAGCAUCUCGGUUAUCCAGUGAUGAGGGAGAAUGUGAUGAAAAAGAAGAGCCUGUUGAAAAACUGGAUUGUCAUUAUUCAGGUCAUCAUCCUCAACCAGCCGCUUUUUGCACAUUUGGUAGUCAGCAAAUUGGAAGAGGUUAUUACGUGUUCGACAAGCGGUGGAACCACAUUCGAUGUGCACUUGACUACAUGUUGGAGAAGCAUCUUAAUUCACAGAUGUGGAAGAAAAUUCCUCCAGCAUCCAGUAACACAGCAUCAGUGCGUGCCCCCCAUCGGACAAACCUGAUGCCUGCUUCUCAGCACAGUGUCAGUGCAGCAGGGUUCCUCUUGCCCACCACGGUUAUGUCAUCGCCAGCGUUGGUCUCUCCUUCCUGUGUGUCUCUGAACAACAAAUCGGUACCAUCCCAUGGGACGACACUAAAUGCCAACCCCGCUGCUCUGGGUGCAGUGGAUCCUGUCUGCAGUAUGCAAUCAAGACAAGUGUCUUCUUCCCCUUCAACACCUACAGUGCUUUCCUCUGUACCUUCACCUAUGCCCAGCAAACCUCAGAAAAUGAAAUCCAGCAAAUCUUUUAAACCUAAGGAAUCUUCUGCUGGCAGUGGCACCUGUAACAGCACCGGCAGCGUCAGUAGCAGCGGCGGCUCAGGAAAGAAGCGUAAAAACAGUUCCGCACUGCUCGCACCUUCUCAUUCCACAGAGUCCUUUAGAAAAAACUGUGUGGUUAACUCUGGAAACUCUGGGACCUCCUAUCAUCCCUCAGUGACAGCUUCGUCCCACAGCGUUGGCCUCAACUGUAUGACUAGCAAAGCUAACUCUGUUAGCCUCAAACAUGACCAAUCAGGGAGGGGGCCUCCAACCGGGAGCCCUGCAGAAUCCAUAAAGAGAAUGAGUGUGAUGAUGAACAGCAGCGACUCCACGCUCUCCUUAGGGCCAUUUGUUCAUCAGUCUAGUGAGCUGACUGUAAAUUCACACAGCAGUUUUUCACAUUCACAUACUUCCCUUGACAAAUUAAUAGGAAAGAAAAGAAAGUGCUCACCUGGUUCAAGCAGCAUCAACAGCAGCAGCAGCAAAUCAAACAAAGUUGCCAAAUUGACAUCGGUGAACAAUGUUCAUGCAAAACACACUGGUGCAAUCCCAGGGACGCAAGGACUGAUGAACAAUUCUCUGUUUCAUCAGCCGAAGGCCCGUCCCUGAUAGCUGAAGGCACCACGGUGAGAAACAAACUGGACAGUUUUCACUACAAGCAAAACCUCCAUCUGGAUUUCUGGACUCCAAGAUGCCUUGAGUUUUCCCAACUUCCCAUGGUCCUCAGGUGUGGAAAUCUACUGGACUGUCACUUAAACAAGGAAUUUCCCUGAAGCCAUGUCUGUAGCAGUGAAUAUUCUAGAAAUGGACACUGGAUGAAGUUCAGCCACAUAAUUGCUCUUAUCAGUGUUAACAGUGGUCUGGACUGUUUGCUACAAAUCUGUGAGAUUUUCCUUACAGGAGUACAUCAUCUUGCCACUAUUUGACAUAGUUUGGCUGGGCAAACGAAUGUUUUCUGGGGGGAAAUAAACAUUACUGUGGACUUAUUUUUAUACUGAUGGUGUCUUUUGUAGGUGAUAGCUAACCAGACAGACACCCUCAAUGGAGAGGACCCCGUGACAAGGGGAAAAAUGUGUGAGGCACAAUGGAAAGAAGCCCUCAAGAAGGGAAUAUGGCUUUAGUGUUUUUAUAGCAACGUUCCUUUAAUGGAAUAUAAAAAAUAGCACAAUUCAAAAAAUAGUCUGUUUUGCCCAGCCUUUUGCAGGUAAUUUGGGAUAAGAAGCUAUCAGGAGUUUAAAACAAAACAAACCCAACAAAACCAGAAAAACUUGUUUGAGGCCACUGCUCAGAAAACAAGUAUAAAAAUGACAUAUUUGUGUGAUACAAAACCUAUUUUCUAUUCUUUUGAAUGAGAUUUUAUUGUGGAAGAAAAGUUAAUUUUGUUCCUUAAAAAUUCCAAAAAUAUCAUACAGACAAAGGCAAAUAACCUCUAAAACUAUGCCCAAAGAACAUAUUUAUUGACCUAUACUGUAUACCACAGGCCUUUGUUUUUUUAAAAAAAAUACCUGUAUUGGUGAAAUUAGGCUGGAUUUGUCUUCCUGUUCCAGCUGAUAAGAUUAGCCCUUUUAAAACUAAGUUUUUAAAAUAUUUAAAUAUUUUCUAGUAACCAUACAAGUCAGUUUCUUUCUGCUUUGUUUGUGUAACAAAAUUGUUGAUGUGCGACAUCUUCUACACUCGGAUUUUAUUUUUUUUAGUCAAAAUUCUGAAAUAAAUGCCAAUUUGACAGCAGAGUUCACUGUGAAGCACUAGUUUGUGCAUCACAGUCAUCCCAGCCCCACCCAGGCUUUAUGAGCAUGGAGGGCUUUAGAGUUUUGUAUAAUCCAGCCAAUUUUUAUGAAGUAUUUUGUCUUGCUUCAAAACACCUCAAAAAUUAAUUCCGCCAAAGGGCUCAUUGUAUUAUGGUUUGACUCAUCUGGAUGUUUUAAGUUUU